GCUUCCGUUUCCUGGCCGGUUGCUCGUCCUGGGAGUUGUGACUGGGCGUUCGCGACCGUUGGGAGUUCCCCGAAUCUUCAGCAGCUGCUGGGAAGAAGCGAUGGUGCUGCUGGAGAGCGAGCAGUUCUUGACAGAGCUAACCAGGCUUUUUCAGAAAUGCAGGACCACAGGCAGUGUCUAUAUAACGUUAAAGAAAUAUGAUGGUCGCACAAGACCAAUCCCACGGAAGGGCCAUCUUGAGAGUUUUGAACCUGUAGACAACAAAUGUCUUCUCAGAGCCACAGAUGGGAAGAAAAAAAUAAGCACAGUGGUGAGUUCAAGGGAAGUUAACAAAUUCCAGAUGGCAUAUUCGAAUUUGCUUAGAGCUAAUAUGGAUGGUUUAAAGAAGAAAGAUAAGAAAAGCAAAAACAAGAAAAGUAAAGCAACACAAUGAUAUAAAAGAACAUUUCUCCAAAGAAUGGACCCAUGUUUUUAGCCCACAUUUUUUCUUUAUGUAAUAUCUUAUCUUUUGACUUCAUUUCCAGCUAGUAACUGAACAGCAAGCAUCUUACACAAACAGAGCGCGCUCUCAGGAUUGUGAUAUGCAAAAAUAAAUACCCCUAAUGCAUA